GUAUUCGUUUAUUUUUUAUUUUAUAGCAAGGUAUAAGUUAUAGGCUAGGCCUACAUUAGGUGAAAAUAAUUCAGAGUUGAAGAUUAAAAAUGUGAUUAGGUUAAAUAUAAAAAUAAACAUGGAAGAAACUUGGGAAGGGUUUACUCCAGAAGAGAUAACAAAAAUUAGUAAUAAAAAAAAUGUUGGGCCUAAAUCAGACAAAGGGAGCAACAGUCCUGUUAAGAAGAUGAUCUUCAAACAGAAUACAUUUGGGAAGAAGAAUAACACUAGAGAAAGAAUGCUGAAAUCAUCCAACAACCUCACAGUGACUUCUGAUGCCAAAGUGGAUUUACCCAGCGGUGCCAGACUUUAUAUUGCUCAGAUUCCAGAAGAAGAUGAGAUAGAGGAGCCAGAGAUGCAGGGUGGAGAAAAAUCAGCACAAAGAGAAAAAUUGCCUGAAAGUGAAGUAAAGUCGCAGAGCAAAGAAAACAGUUUACGAACGUCAAGUAUAGGAGAAGUACCAUCAUUGCCUUCAAAACUGCCUGAACUCCUUAGCUCUCCUCGUGAAGCUGACUUGGAGGACUUUGAGAAAAGGCAGAAGAUGAUACAGGAACAAAACAGGCGAAGGAAAGAGUGUUUGAGGAAAGCAUUGGAAGACAGAACGAAGAAAACCCACGAAGAAGCCCGUCGGCUGGGAGAGAUUGAGGAAGAGCUGAAGAAGUUGGACGUUCAGUUGAGCAACGAUGUCUCAAUAUUACGGAACCAGAUUGAAGUCGCCAGUCUGGACUUCAUGGAAGCUCAGAAGAGGUUUGACAGAGCCGAGAGGGAGUAUUUGGACGCCAAGUUGGCUCUGUUCACCAAGAGAGAGCGCAAGGAACUGUUGACGGGGCACUUGUGUACCAUUAUUGAGCAGAAUGAGCUGCGUAAGGCCAAGAAACUAUCAGACCUGAUGGACAAGUUGCAACUGGCGUCCGUGGUUAUAGUAAAACCAUUUGAAGCACCUGAAAAUGGGGAAAAUGUCGACAUGAAAGAAGAUCAAAAAAGCAAUGUGCCUGAACCUCCAAAAUGAUCAAAGUACGUUUUUUAUCCAGACCAAAGACCAACGUAAAGUAUUUGUAAGAAGCCAUUAUACUUUUGAGCAAUUCAAAUUCAUAAUUAGUAUCAGUUUGUUAGUCUACUACGUUUAGGUUUCUUAUUUGAGAUUUUGAUUAUUUCCCAAUUUAUAUUUAAUACAUAUAGGCAGGGUAUUCAAUACUCGUUGUAACUAAGCAUUUAUUAACAAAGUACUGUUCCUUAUUUGUUAAAUGACCUAAAACUGUAUUUAUUUUAUAUUUAUAAUCAAUCAACCAUAAAUAGUAUUUUUCAAUUGCCAGUUAUGUUUAAACAUUUGGUGCUACUGUAGUUACUUGUGAUAGAAAUAAUUUAUCAUAUUCGUAUACUCAUUUUACAUGGAUAAGUGAAACCAUCAAAUAUUGUUAAUAGCUUUAUUUGUACAUAACAACAUAGAAUUAAUUGAUAGCUACCUAAUUUUAAGAUAAAGAAUGCAUUUAUAUUUAAUAAUAAUUUAU